UUUGGCGUCUUUCAGGAAUCGUGUCGAAAUCAUUGUUCCCAACCUAUGGGCAGGUUUGAACCGUAUCCGAGAACGAAUGAGGAAGCUGGCGCAAAUGUCACUUUACACUGUAAAGGAAUGAAUAUGCUAACAAUUAAAUAUAAUCUUGGAAGCUACAUUAUCCAGCAAAGCGUUUCUGAUGAUAUUUGGGAUGCAGCUGUAGUGCAUAACGAUGGCGGGUCGACAUUUUUUAACUUGGCACCAAACACUCUUUAUCGUUAUCGUUUACAUAAAGUAACACGGCGCGGCUUUUCAUUAGCUGAAACAUCUGAUUGGUUUUCAACUUAUGCAGUUGAUUACCAACCACGCCAAAUUGAGCACAUUUCACUUGUAAAACUUGAAGAAGAAAAUACAAACAUGUGCGAACUACGAGCAGAAAUUGUUUUUGAACCCGUUGAAGAUCAGAGUUGUAAUUACAAUAUAUUGUCUUGGUCAGGGGAACAUGAUUUAAUCAACUUUGAUUUAAACAAGGUGAGUGAGUGAGUGAGUAAGU